AUGGCCGCGCCGCCCACCGCCCAGGCGAAGUCGGUGCCGCAGUCGCCCGUGUCGCCGGGCGCGCAGGCGCGGGACAAGGAGCGCGUGACGCUGUUGCUGGAGAUCAACACCGAGCUGUUGCAGGAGAUUUGCCGGUUGCAGGAGCAGGGGAAGAGCGGGCAUAUUGGGCCGAUGCCGCCACCGAAGGAGGAGGGGAAGGAGGAUGUCAAGGCCGCGAGUAAGGAGUAUAUCGACUGCAUGCGCCGCCUCCAAGCCAACCUCUCCUACCUCGCCACAACCGCCGAGCGCGCCCACAAACCCGCCGCCCAAGUGCCCCCCGGGCCCGCCAUCAUGGCCACCCCCUCCACACCGCCCGCGCUCUCGCAACUCUACACCAAGCUCCAAGUCCUCUUCCCCGGCUGGAAAGGCCAGCAACAGCCCAUGAAAGCCUCACCCGGACCGCAAAGACCAAAUAUGCAGCAGCAACAACAACAGCAACAACAGCAGACGCAGACGCAGCAGCAGUCACAAUAA